AUGCAGGACGGAGGGGGCGUGAGCUGCGCGGUGGCCGGAGAGGCGCCGGCGCCGACGCCGGCGAGCCGCUGCGCCGGUGCCGGGCUUCUGGGCCUCACCAUCAACCCACCGGGCGGUGAGCCUCCGGCGGAGCGCAUCGGGCGGCUGGUCCGCGAGAGCCCCGUGGUCAUCUUCGCGCGGCGCGGCUGCUGCAUGUGCCACGUCAUGCGCCGCCUCCUGGCCGCCGUGGGCGCGCACGCCACCGUCAUCGAGCUCGACGAGGCCGCCGAGGAGGCCGCCGCGUCGGCCGCGGCCGCAGCCACCGUGCCGGCGCUCUUCGUCGGCGGCUUGCCGGUGGGCGGGCUCGACGGCCUCAUGGGGCUUCACCUCAGCGGCCACCUCGUCCCACGCCUCAGGGAGGUGGGCGCCCUCUGUGGCUAGCCUGCCCUUGCCGUCCGGCAGGUCACGUGUGCGCCCCGUCGGCCCGUUCUGUCCUCAUCUUGUUUGCUGUAGAUACACUAUAGUUACCGUAAUUUAGUUCAAAGCGAGGGAGUCUGAUGCGAAAGUGACGGUGAAUAAGUUGUUGUGCUGUCUGGCGGGACAGCGGAGCUGGGUUGUGAUAGUAAGAUAAAGUUGAGGGUCUGUGCGAUAUAAGUCUGGGUCGAAAUGUAAUUAAUAUACUUGGAGUUUUACAACCAAUAUCACUCUCCUUCUUAGUU